UCACACGCGCGCCUUGACCGCGGUCGGCUCCUUUCCGAGACAGAGCCGCCCCCUCUCCCUGCCCUCGCGUAACUGUCAGGCAAAACGGGCAGACGGAUAUUGGCUCUGCGAGCUUGCCGAGGCUCCUCCCCGAGUCUGGAUCUUUAUAUUUUUGGACAAUUUCUUUUAACUCACUUACAAACCUCGGUGAAGGAGACAAGUUCCCACAGCCGGCUAGGCUGACGGAGUCCGCGGGCCGGGAGCGGCGAGGCGAGGCGAAGCGAGGCGAGGCGAGGAGAGGCAAAGGCGAGGCGAGGCGAGGCGAGGGCUCGGACUCGCCCACCUUUUCUGCAGCUGCCUCUGCGGUUAUUUUGUUCCUAUUUUCAAUCGUGGAGGAAAACUGACUGACUUGGCUGAGGAAAAUGCUAUUUAUCUGGAUCUGGCCGUGAAAAGAGAACGUGUGACUGGAGGAAGCAGAAGAAGAUGAGGAAAAGCAUUUUUUGAAGAGAAGAAUAAACCACCCACCUCAACCUUUUCUGAAAAUUGGUGCUAUUACUUAUUCUUAGGGUCAAUUUCCUUUUAUUUUUUCCCCUCUCCAUAUUAAGAAACCUUGACUUGAGGGCAAAGAGAUAUCCCCCUACAACUGGGGAACCUUUCUGGGUUUGAAGACCUUUUGGAUGUAGCUUUGGUGGAACAUUAAGACAUUCAUCUGGACAAAUCACCAUGAAUUCGGUAGCUGGGAAUAAAGAGAGGCUUGCAGUCUCCAGCAGGGGCAAGAAAUACGGGGUGAAUGAAGUCUGCUCGCCCACCAAGCCCGCAGCGCCCUUUUCUCCCGAGAGCUGGUACAGGAAAGCAUACGAGGAAUCACGCGCCGGGAGCCGGCCCACCCCCGAGGGCGCGGGCUCGGCGCUCGGCUCGUCCGGGACCCCAUCCCCCGGCUCGGGCACCUCGUCUCCGAGCUCCUUCACGGGCUCUCCGGGCCCCGCCUCCCCGGGCAUCGGCACCAGCUCGCCGGGGUCCCUAGGCGGCUCGCCAGGCUUUGGAACGGGCUCUCCGGGCUCGGGCAGCGGCGGCGGCUCCUCCCCCGGCUCGGACCGCGGCGUCUGGUGUGAGAACUGCAACGCCCGCCUGGUGGAGCUGAAGAGGCAGGCUCUGAAGCUGCUCCUCCCCGGGCCCUUCCCGGGCAAGGAUCCUGCUUUCUCAGCUGUGAUUCACGACAAACUCCAGGUCCCCAAUACCAUCCGGAAGGCAUGGAAUGACCGGGAUAACCGCUGUGACAUUUGUGCCACACACCUGAAUCAGCUGAAGCAGGAGGCCAUCCAGAUGGUGCUGACCUUAGAGCAGGCGGCAGCUGGCAGUGAGCACUGUGAUGCCUCGCCUGGCUCACCUCCACCCAUCUCCAACAUCCCCACCCUGGUGGGGUCCCGGCCUGUGGGUGGGCUCCAGCAGCCCAGGGAUUGGGCCUUUGUGCCUGCCCCCUAUGCCACCUCCAACUACACAGGCUUUGUCACCAACAAGCAUAGCAGCAAACCCAACAGCCUUGGGGUCAGCAAUGGAGCAGAGAAGAAGAGUGGGUCCCCAACCCACCAGGCCAAGGUCAGUCUCCAGAUGGCCACCAGUCCCAGCAAUGGGAACAUCCUCAACUCAGUGGCCAUUCAGGCUCACCAGUACCUUGACGGCACCUGGUCCCUGUCGAGAACCAAUGGGGUCACCCUGUACCCCUAUCAGAUCUCCCAGCUGAUGACCGAGACUGGCCGGGAGGUACUGACGGAAGCAGCACUGAACCGCUACAAUGCAGACAAGCCUUCGGCCUGCAGCGCCCCCGGCUCCCAGGGUCCCUGCGUGGCCAGCGAGCCGUCCACAGGUCCCUCGGUGGCUGCUUCCUUCUUUGCAAGAUCUCUCCAGAAGAAUCUCUGGGAGCCCAGCCCUGCUGGUCUCAGAGUAGCCCUCAAGUUCUCCCUGGCGACCGUAAAGCACCUGCUUCACAACAGAGCUGCCCAGAAGUUAAAUCUGUCCUCUAAAAAGAAGAAACAUCGACCUUCUACUUCUUCUGUUGCCGAGCCACCUCUCUUUGCCACCAGCUUCAGCGGGAUUCUGCAGACCUGUCCACCCCCCGCCCCUCCGUGUCUGCUGAGAGCUGUCAACAAGGUGAAGGACACCCCCGGCCUGGGCAAGGUGAAAGUCAUGCUUCGCAUUUGUUCUACAUUGGCUCGUGACACCUCAGAAUCCAGCUCUUUCUUAAAGGUGGACCCACGGAAGAAGCAAAUCACCUUGUAUGAUCCCCUGACCUGUGGAGGUCAAAAUGCCUUCCAAAAGAGAGGCAACCAGGUUCCUCCGAAGAUGUUUGCCUUUGAUGCAGUUUUUCCACAAGAUGCUUCUCAGGCGGAAGUGUGCGCUGGAACCGUGGCAGAGGUGAUUCAGUCCGUGGUCAACGGGGCAGAUGGCUGUGUGUUCUGUUUCGGCCACGCCAAGCUGGGGAAAUCCUACACCAUGAUUGGAAGGGACGACUCCAUGCAGAACCUUGGCAUCAUCCCCUGUGCCAUCUCUUGGCUCUUCAAGCUGAUAAAUGAACGGAAAGAAAAGACUGGAGCCCGUUUCUCAGUCCGGAUCUCAGCCGUGGAAGUGUGGGGGAAGGAAGAGAACCUGCGGGACCUGCUGUCAGAGGUGGCCACGGGCAGUCUGCAGGAUGGCCAGUCCCCCGGGGUGUACCUCUGUGAGGACCCCAUCUGUGGCAUGCAGCUGCAGAACCAGAGCGAGCUGCGGGCCCCCACCGCAGAGAAGGCUGCCUUUUUCCUGGAUGCUGCUAUUGCUUCUCGCCGCAGUAACCAGCAGGAGUGCGAUGAGGAUGACCACCGGAACUCCCACAUGCUCUUCACCUUGCACAUCUACCAGUACCGGAUGGAGAAGAGUGGGAAAGGAGGAAUGUCUGGAGGUCGCAGCCGCCUGCACCUCAUUGACCUCGGCAGCUGUGUGAAGGCUCUUAGCAAAAACCGGGAAGGAGGCUCAGGGCUGUGCCUCUCGCUGUCUGCUCUAGGCAAUGUCAUCCUGGCUCUCGUCAACGGCAGCAAACACAUUCCAUACAAAGACAGCAAGCUCACCAUGUUGCUGCGGGAAUCCCUGGGGAACAUGAACUGUCGCACCACCAUGAUUGCUCACAUCUCAGCAGCCGCAGGGAACUAUGCGGAGACCCUGUCCACCAUCCAGAUCGCAUCAAGAGUCUUGAGGAUGAAGAAAAAGAAGACGAAGUACACAUCCAGCUCCUCUGGGGGAGAAAGCUCCUGUGAAGAAGGCCGAAUGCGCAGGCCCACCCAACUGCGACCUUUCCACACCAGGAACGCAGUGGAUCCUGAUUUCCCGAUUCCCCACUUGUCCAGUGACCCCGACUACUCCUCCAGCAGCGAGCAGUCCUGUGACACAGUCAUCUACAUUGGGCCAAAUGGCACAGCUCUCUCUGACAAGGAGCUCACGGACAAUGAGGGUCCCCCAGACUUUGUCCCAAUUGUGCCUGCCCUGCAGAAGUCCAGGAACGACAGCCAGCCCACCGAGGCAGGAGAGGCUGUGGCCAGUAAGUCAGAGCGGGAUUGCCUGAAGUGUAACACGUUUGCCGAGCUGCAGGAGAGGCUCGACUGCAUUGACGGCAGUGAAGAGCCCAGUAAGUUUCCUUUUGAAGAGCUGCCUGUGCAGUUUGGAGCAGAGCAGGCCAGCAGAUGCCCCUUGGUAAGCCUGACGGCUGGGGCAAGCCCCCUCUCUGAGUCUGAUAAGGAAGAUAAUGGGUCAGAGUGCCAGCUGACUGAUAGAGAAGGCGUUGACCUCCCAGUCUCCAAGAUGCAGAGGGAUCACUCGCCCGGCCCUGCUGCGGCACUCACCAACAACCCCACUCCUGCCUCUCCCAGGAGUGUCCCGGGCAGCAGCAGCCAGCACAGCUCUGCCCAGCUGUUGCAGAGCCGCAGCCUCCAGAGCAGCCGGGAGAGCCUGAACUCCUGUGGCUUUGUGGAAGGCAAGCCCAGGCCAAUGGGCUCACCCCGCCUGGGCAUCGCCAGCCUGUCCAAGACCUCAGAGUACAAGCCCCCCAGCUCUCCUUCCCAGAGAUGCAAAGUCUAUACCCAGAAGGGUGUCCUGCCUUCCCCUGCCCCCCCACCUCCCUUGAGCAAGGACUCCGGCAUGGCAUCCAGUGAGUCAUUGGCGCAGCCUGAAGUACGGACCCCCCCGGUAGGAAUGAGUCCCCAGAUUUUGAAGAAAUCCAUGUCUGCUGGGAGUGGAGGUUUUGCAGAAAUCCCCCUUGAUGAUGACUGUCAGGCAGCCAGUCCCCCAGAUUCCAAGAAGGAGAUCUUGAGUGCCACGAUGGUGACAGUGCAGCAGCCGCUGGAGCUGAACGGCGAGGAUGAGCUGGUGUUCACCCUGGUGGAGGAGUUGACCAUCAGUGGGGUCCUGGACAGCGGCCGCCCCACCAGCAUCAUCAGCUUCAACAGCGACUGCUCCGUGCAGGCCCUGGCCUCAGGCUCGCGGCCCGUCAGCAUCAUCAGCAGCAUCAGCGAGGACCUGGAGUGCUACUCCAACGUGGCCCCCGUCUCAGAGGUCAGCAUCACCCAGUUCUUGCCCCUCCCGAAGCUGAGCCUGGAUGAGAAGGCCCAGGAUGCCGGGAGCAGGCGUUCCUCCAUCGGCUCCUGGCUGAGCGAGACAAGCACUGGCAGCAACGGCGAGCAGUCGUGCCAUAGCUUCAUAGCCCAGACAUGUUUUGGGCACAGGGAAGCAAUGGCAGAACCUUCAGCCUCGGAGUUUGUCGGCAGCAUCCAGAACACAGCCCUGGUGUGCAGAGAGAAGCCCAAGGCUGGCCCUGACAAUUUGCUCAUCUUGUCUGAAAUGGGGGAAGAGGCUUUCAACAAAGCAACUUCUCUUAAAGGCUGCAAAAUUUCAACUUUGGGCAAAGCCAUGGUCACAAUCUCCAACACAGCCAGUCUGAGUGGCUGUGAUGGUUACAUCCCCAUGAAGACCAACAUUACGCUUUACCCCUGCAUAGCCAUGAGCCCCCUGAAUGUCCAAGAGACUGAGUCAUCCAUUGCCACAGUCAGCUCAGCCCCCAAAGCAGCCCAAUCCCAGGAGGACAAGGAAACCAGUGCAAAGAAAGAGAUGAAGUUUGAGGACCCCUGGCUAAAACGAGAAGAAGAGGUAAAGAAAGACAAUGCCUAUCUCAAUAUGGGGAUCGGGUCUGAGACUGUGACGGGCCCUGAAAAGCCUGAGGCCAGUCCAGAGCAGGACAGGAAGUCGAGCUCUGGCGACAGGCUCAGCAGCAGCAGCGGGGAGGUGUCUGCCUCCCCCGUGACCGACAACUUCAGGAGGAUUGUGGAUGGGUGUGAGAUGACCUUGCCCACUUUGGCUGCACAGGCCCCUGUUCCUUCCAACAAAAGCCUGAAAUCCAGCAGCCUCCCGAGGGCUUUUCAGAAAGGCAGCAGGCAAGAGGAGCUGGACAGCCUCUUCUACCACUGUGCUGCAGAAACCAAUGGGAUUGGCACAGCAGCAGGUGCCCAGCCCUUAAAGGUGACCCUGGAGAGGAAAGUAGCUUCACCCAAGCAUUGUGUCCUGGCUCGGCCCAAAGGGACCCCGCCUCUGCCCCCCGUCCGCAAGUCUAGCUUGGACCAGAAGAACCGGGCCAGCCCCCAGCACAGUGCCUGCAGCAGCAGCACCAGCAGCCCCUUGAACCAACCAGCGACUUUCUUGGCCGGCUUCCCGGAUGAGCCCGGCAGCAAGACGAAGGACACCAGUAGCAGCAGCAAGCUCUUCAGUGCCAAACUGGAGCAGCUGGCCAGCAGGACCAACUCUCUCGGCAGGACAACAGUCAGCCACUACGAAUGCCUCUCGCUGGAGAGAGCUGAGAGCCUGUCCUCCAUGAGCUCCCGGGCGCUCGCGGGCAAAGACAGCACCAUGCCCCGCGCGGCUCGGAGUCUGGGCCGCGCGGGGGUCCCGCCCACCCACGCCGGCGCCCCGCAGUCAGCCGGGGCCUCGCCCAAGGCUGGCCAGUCCAAGGUCUCCGCGGUGGGCAAGCUCCUCCUGGCCAGCCCCAAAGCGCGGAGCCUGUCCGCCUCCACCACCAAGACCCUCAGCUUCUCCACCAAGUCGCUGCCUCAGUCCGUGGGCCAGAGCUCCAGCCUGCCGCCCGGCGGGAAGCACAUGUCCUGGUCCACCCAGUCCCUCAGCAGGAACCGGGGCUCGGGCGGCCUGGCUUCCAAGCUGCCCCUGCGGGCGGUCAACGGGCGCAUCUCGGAGCUGCUGCAGGGGAGCUCGGGCCCCCGGGGCGGGCAGCCGCGGGCGGGCGCGGAGGCCGAGGGCGGGCCCCAUGCCGAGGACAAGCCCGCCGCCGCCGUCCCCGCGCUGCCCUCGCCCUACAGCAAGGUCACCCCGCCGCGGAAGCCGCACCGCUGCAGCAGCGGCCACGGCAGCGACAACAGCAGCGUGCUGAGCGGGGAGCUCCCGCCCGCCAUGGGGAAGACGGCCCUGUUUUACCACAGUGGCGGCAGCAGCGGCUACGAGAGCAUGAUGAGGGACAGCGAGGCCACGGGCAGCGCCUCCUCGGCCCAAGACUCCAUGAGCGAGAACAGCAGCUCCGUCAGCGGGAGGUGCCGAAGCCUCAAAACUCCCAAGAAGCGGUCCAGUUCAGGGUCCCAGAGACGGAGGCUCAUCCCAGCAUUGUCCCUCGACACCCCCUCUCCGGUGAGGAAGCCUGUCAACAGUGCCGGGGUUCGCUGGGUGGAUGGCCCCUUGCGCAGCACCCAGAGGGGCCUUGGGGAACCUUUUGAGAUUAAAGUCUAUGAGAUUGACGAUGUGGAGCGUCUGCAGCGGCGACGAGGGGGCAGUGGCAAGGAGGUCAUGUGCUUCAACGCAAAACUGAAAAUUCUGGAGCACCGCCAGCAGAGAAUCGCUGAAGUCCGAGCCAAGUAUGAGUGGCUGAUGAAGGAACUGGAGAUGACCAAGCAGUAUUUGAUGCUGGAUCCCAACAAAUGGCUUAGUGAAUUUGACUUGGAGCAAGUUUUGGAGCUGGAUUCCCUGGAGUACCUGGAAGCCCUUGAGUGUGUGACUGAGCGCCUGGAGAGCCGUGUCAACUUCUGCAAGGCUCAUCUCAUGAUGAUCACCUGCUUUGAUAUCACUUCGAGGCGCCGGUAAAGAGAUCCGGGUCCCUGUCCUAACCAGUGCCCCUCACUGCCCAGGACUUCACAGAGACAGUCAUGCUCACCCAGGCCCUCUGUGUUGGCAGCACUCAAAGACAAUAGGAUGAGGAUGAAGGUUGGUGGCAAGUCCAGAGGGAGCGUUGAGAGGAAGGCGAUUUUUCCUUUGUUUUCUGUAGGAAAGGUGCAAACACCAAACACACAUGGAAGGAGGAAAUGAUGGGAAGCCCAAGGGAUGGCAAAGCCUGUGAGACUGAAAAAGCACUUUGAGGAACCUUAAAGAACUUGUUUGUACAUAAGAACUGCUAGCAAAAGAGACCUCACUCUUCUCUUGCUUCUGUGAGAAAGGGGGAGGGUGGAUGUAGGAUUGUGGUUGGAAGCUAAAACAAAACAAUGCGAAAUUACCAGAAUGACUGAUUAAAGUGCCUUGCAAAUCUUUAUUAUUAUCUGAACAUUUAUGUUCAUACCUUCUUGUGUACAGAUGGUGCUAGACAAGAUUAAACAACACAAAAAGAUCACAUUUUUGAAAUGUAUUUACAGCUCAUUUUCUCUUGGUGUUUUAUCCUAUUUCUGACUUGCUAUUUCUAAGUAACUUGUAUUUGUAGAGAUAUUUCCUAAUCAGUAUUGCAUAUGAAUAAAUGUUAACUGCCAUUUAUGGUUAUUCUGGUAAGGCCACUCAAACAGAGAUUUCAUCAGCACAAUCCAGUGUUUCCAAAGAAGGUUUUGUGCAGCAGACAAUGCUGGAUAGUCAGUAUGCUGGCCACAGAGCAGGUGCCCUUGAGCUUUGGAGAUGGAAGAAGGGACAGGGGCUUGCAUCUGUAAGGGAAAAGGAAUCAGUUGUGAUCCUAUUUCUGACUUGCUGUUUCUAAGUAACUUGUAGGUGGGAUGUCUGUUCCACAUGCUGUUUCCCCUGAGUCCUGACACAUGUACUGGUUCCUUUACCCACAAAUCCAGGAUUUUGAUGGCCUCCAAAAAGUUUUCAUAUUCAUUUUUUAUUCCAAAGCCUCUGAAUUGAAUGGCUGAAUGAAAGCAAUGGAGCCUUAUUUUUUGUUUUCAUAAUUUAUUAAUUCAUAGACUAUUCUUCCCUACUCUUUGGUGUUUGAUAUCUUCCCCAGUUGAGAGACUGUCUCAGACUUUUAUUUGCUCAGCGACUCCAGCUGUGUUGCUUUAGGACAAGAAAGGAUCUUGGGGUUGCAUAUGUAAUCUACUUUUCUGUUGUCCAGAGUACUGUUUAAGAGGAAGAAGUUCAGUUCUAAAGCCUCCAUACCAAGGAGGAAUAAAGCUUAGCCCCUCAACCUCAGCACCAGAAGGCAGAGAGAGGUUUCUUCUCCGUAAGUUACAUCACCUUGAGUAGGCAGAGUGACUUGGAGCAGAGUUUAAUGAAUAUAUAGACAUGCAGGUCUUUGUUCCCAAGAAUUUAGGACAUUGUUCUCAAAUUAAGAUGUUCAUCCCUGCAAUGAUUUCCUUAGGGAUUACCACACCUAUACUAGUGACCAAAGCAUAAGACACAGAGUGUGGGCAAGGGACUUGCCAGUGACAGCUAAGGAGCUAUCCUAUCAGAAUCCAGGAGUCUUCCGAUCUUCCAGGUCGGGGCCAGGGCUCUCUCCAUGAGUUCCUCCCAGACUUCCAGUUGGAGAAGGUGGUCUGGGUCUUGUCCGUAAGUACUGUUCAGUUUUCGCCCCCAAAUGCAACAUAUUUUUCUUCCAGACUAGGCAGCCCCUGCUAACCAACUCCUCAGCUCCAGCUGUUCCCUCUGAGCCCUUGCAUCACUGCUUCAGGCUAAAUACCCAGCUUGGCUCAGCAAACUCAGUACAGAGGAACUGGAGUCUCAUGAGCUUCCCAUGGACCUGAUCCCUUGGUAGUCCGAACAGGACCAAUUGAGCUCACUUGUUUUGGAAGUCAGCCCCCUAGAUUGUAGCAAGCUCCGUGAUCACAAGUCCUGAUUGGCACAUUCUGUAAGAGUCUGUUCACCUGCCAAGGUGCACACAAUCUGCUAGGUAAAUGGGCCAAAUUAUGGUGCAGGGUUACUUGGAAGGGAUCACUUUUCCCCUCUAUCAUAUCCUCCAAAUUUAACAGGUGUGUCACCUUGGUAAGCAGGGCCACCUCCAGCCCCUCAACUUCAUCCCCAUUCUGCAGGACAUUCCCCUAACUCUGAGCAUGCCUCUCAGCUUUGAUCUCACGGCACUGUGUGAAUGGACUUGCUUAACCAUAACAUCUUGAAAGCUUCUGGACCCAAGGAAUACCAGUUGUUUUAGUUUGCUAACUGGCAUCCCUUUGGUUGCUGGUUUGAAAGAGACUGCUUCAUGAAAAGCCUUCAAUUUGGGGAUUUUCCUGAUAUUUUCCUGGUGAGUAUUCUGGUUCUUGUUGGAAACAAAUGCCUUUGAUUAAUAACCAGUGUGUUUCAUUCUGCCCUUGCCACUCACCUCCCUAACCCUGAGGUCACUAUGCUGCAUUUAUGUCCUUUACCCACCAACUUCAGAGCCCAAGGUGCCUUUCCUGGAGUGAAACUAAGUGGAGAAAUCAAUGGAUUUAAAAUCUAAAUCAGAGGGACUUCUCCCAGGCGAGUAGUCUUUAGUUUGCCUCUUGCCUAAAUCUACUUUUAGACAUUUAUAACAAUGUUAUGAGCUACCAAAAGGGUUGAAUGAAACCAAGAGUUACCUUACCAAGUCAGAUUGUCUUCCCAAGCUACUGUCGCCUGCUGCUCAUGGAACAAGCUCCCAGGGUUCUGUAGACCAUUGUGUUGGGCGACUUUGCAUGGAUGUUGUCCAUUCUGGAUUUUUUUUCUUUCUUUUGACCUAAAUAGGAUACAAACACCUUAAUUUACCAACUACUAAUAAACUCUGAAGAAGUACUGAAUUUUAAGCUGUUAUGUGCUUGUUCCUGCCUCUGCCCAUAAAUUGACUAUAUAGAGGUGAUAAUCUUUAGGUAUAAAGUACAGCAGGCCUGGACAGCCAUUGUGAAGAAGUCCCAAUAACUGAAUAAUGCCUCAUACGAUGACUGGCAUGAGGUAGUUCCCGAUCUUCUUUUGGUUCUAGUGACAGAUAACCCAGUAAGGCAAAGGGGAUGACACAGAUCCAUUUCUUCUUCAUUAUUCACAACAAAUGAAAGGACGAGAAAAAUGUUUUUUUGAAAUUAACAUCUAGCUGUUCAAGCCCUAAUUCCUUGUCUGGAAUCUUCCCCCCACAAAUAUUUUAGUUUGAGGUGGGAACAUUAGUAGCAGAAGAAAACUAAGAUCCAAAAAACGGAAAUAGUGAUAUUCUUUGCCUGGGAGUAAAUCCAUCUUGCAUUUCAUGAUGGUGUUUCACGCUGAGAGAGAGCCAUAGUUUGCUUUAUCCUGGGCUUUCAGUCCCCACUGAGAGCUGCAAUCUUUGAUCUCCUUGUCCUUGAAUUCCCCUUGCAUCCUGGGGAAGCUGUCUCUAACUUUAAUCUCUUCCAGAUUUUAAAUCAGAACACUCCCGUUGUUUUAUCUCUAGUUGCUAUGCUGAGCAUGGGGAACUUGAAAUGCAAAUGUAGAGUUAGGUCCUGUAUUGACACAGGUGGGAGUCACACAAGGAACCCGAGGAGGGGAGGUGGGUUUCCUCAUGUUAGAAUCUGGGUGAAAAGCCCCUCACCCAACUUGGGGAAUUCAACAGGUGGGAAUCUGACCCAGUCUGUCAUAAAUUCGCCCUAAACUUCAAGUCCAAUGCGUUCCUGGAAGGUGGUAGUAAUUUAAUUAUGGUCACAUACAUCAUACAGUGUGGUGCUUCAAAAAGUAUUACACACACAUAUAGACCUCAUGUGGGCUGCACUGAUUUCUGUUCAAGUGUUGAACAAGAAAUGUCAUGCCACUUGGGUGUAUACCUUACGUCCUUAAAAACCAGCCUUCUUAUCAAUUUUGGUUAAACCACAAGCCCUCACAGGUGUUACUAUUUGAAAGCAGCUGUCUGUCUGACCUUGAUUUCUUGGGAUAUAAGGCAGGGCUGGCAAAAGCCCCACAUAUGUGUUCAAUGCAAACAGAAUUGCCUGUGUCAUUGGCCGCUAUUGACGUGUGACCUCACCAAAGUAGUGAUGAAUUAAAUGUACUUACGACCCAUAUUAAAAAAAAAAAAAAAAAAAAGAUUUUAAACUGUACAAGAAAUGACUAAAGACGAGUUAAUUUCAAAAUUGAAACAGAAUAAUUCAUGAAUUUACUCAUUCUUUCCUGUUGGAAUAUUAGCCUACUCUUUAAACAUAUACAAAGAUUUCCAAAAUUUUAAAGGCAUUAUAUUUUAAGCCCUGAAACUAUGCCAGUAAGAAACAGGAUUAAAAUCAUGUUUGCUAUGAGUUGUGCUGAAUAAACUGCCCAUUCCCACGUCCCCGGGCCUCUCCACCUGUGGCAGUCUGGCUGCGCUCCCCACAACGCAACGAACACUUCCCCCUGCCACCCCUGAGACCUGAGGGCCUGAAAAAAGGCCAGGGCAUCCCUGCUUUUCUCUGAGCCACAUAAAACAAAGCCAAGGUUAAGUUUCACUGACACUGCCAGUAAAUGGGUUCAAAUUUCGGGGGUGGAGAUGAACAGGUGGUAGAAAUAUACUGUUCCUUUUAAUUAUAAUAUCUCUUUUCCUCCACCAAAUAUCUGUCAACAUUUUCACAUAAAAACUCAUAAGUUGGAUCACUUUGUGUCCCUGACAAAAUAUAUAUCUUUUAUUACAAAUUGUUCAUUAUUUCCAGAUAGAAACUUAAUUCCAAUUCAAAAAAAAAAAAAAAUGCUCUUGUACAUUAAACUCGUCUUCUCAAAAUCAAACAAAAAACAAAUUCUUAGAAGCUAGUUUAUCUGUCCCUAAAAAAAACAUUCUGCUUUUGGGUGGCCCUACUCAGAAACUGAGAUGAUGUCACAAUAUUGGACAUCGAGUGGUGCUUGAGGCAGCAUCAAGCUUUUAUUGCAUAUAAUUAAUAUUCCCUGAGAUAGUUGUUCCCAAUGUCCAUGUGUGUUGGGGUGAGUACUGAAAUACAGGCAUCACCCAUCUAUUUUAUGUAUUCAUAGAAAUUACCUUCAAAAAUAAAAAAGGCUCAUUCCUUCAUGCCCCAUACUGCUAACAUCUCACAUUGUCAUACUCAAUUUAUGAAGAAGCUAUAAUUUAUUUGUAAGCUCAGGAUGUUGUUUUAUAGCAUUGCUUGUGUUUUAUAAUUUAUUUGUACAUCAUGGUUGGAAAUGCUAUCCAAGUGCUAUGCAUUGAAGUGUAAGUUUGGUGGCUCUGUCUGUGGAUAUGUUUUUUCCCCUGCUCUAGCAAAAUUGGCUAGUGGAGACAUAAGCUGGGAGGAGGAAUGAUAAAUAAACCAGGAGAACAGGGAUUAGGAUCCAAUCCUCAAAGUAUAGGGCUUAGUUCAAAGUCUAAGCUGUUUCUAUAGUAAGCACCAGAAGGGGAAAAGAUCCUUUCCUUUUGAAUUCGAUGAUACUGGGCUUGGAAAUCAGCCUCCGCGGGCCUGGGUGAAAGAGGAUCCAGCCUCUUCCUACUGGUUCAAUACCAAAUUUCUAAGAAAAACGCUGACUGUUUUAGGUUUCCACAUUUCCCCAAGACCCCAUCCCACCCCCGGUGCUCCUGAAGGGGGUUUAGGAAAGCUUCUAGUUUCUUAUCUUAAAUUUACAUAGUAUCUGUUUUUUCUGGAGAAGCCAAAGCACUUUAGUGAGUCUUACAACCCAUAAUGCUUAAGGCAUCUUGUCCCCUCACUGCAUCCCUGAGUGGCAGGGAGGGGCUGGGGUCAGUAGUCUCAUUUGAGAGGCAGCUAAACCUAGGAGAAAAAGCCUUGAGCUAGGAGUAAGGAAACCAGGUGUCAGGCCUGGUUUUGUCACUAGCUAUGCAACCUUGGGCAAGUCACUGAACUUCGCUGGGCCUCAACGGAAAAUUGGGGGUAAUGAUAGCUGCCCUUCUGGGAUGGUUUGAAGAGAAAAUGGUAUAAGUGACAGGAAGUGCUUUGAGGAAAUUAAAGCUCUAUGUAAGAGCUAGGGAUAAGCAUUUGUAGAUGAAGAAACUGAAGUCAACAGUUAAUGGUUGGCCUAAGUUCACCUAGAAGUUUUACAGCCCAACUGGGACUAGAAUCCAGCACAUUGGACUCCCAGGGUUUGCUCUUCCUAUUAAAUUGCACCAGAUGUGUGCAUAGGUGAAUGCACAGAACAGAAGAUGUGUGGCCUGGUGGAAGAGCCUGGUCAGAAAAACAUGGUUCUUAUCUCAGCUUUGACAAUAGUCCUAUGGCCUUGGAUGCAUUACCUAAUUUCUCUGAACUCAGUUUUCUAAUCUGUAAAAUGAGGACAUUGUGUUAAAUAAUCUUUGUGGAUCCUUCAGCUCUAGCUCUGACGCCAUGAUUAGCAAUGUAUGUAUGUAUAUAUAAAUGUGCUUAUCUGUGGAAAUGGUCCCAGUUGAAAAUUGGAGACAAGGCCUGCCCAAGUGCAUUUAUUGUGUAAGAAAGGUCAUAAAAUUGUUUUAAAAUUCGGUGUAGUAUUUAAUGCCAUGGUUUUAAAUUCAUCGUUUAACUGAGAAAAGGUUGGUGCAGUUUUAAAAAUUGACUUCUUAGCUCAUAAGUGUUUACUGUUAAGAUACUUUCAAAUAAAGUUCAUCUGUUAAAGUCAGAAAUUCACCUAUUCUAUACUUGGGCAGGUCCCAACAGCCUAUUUGCAAACAGGCUGUUUUGUGUGUAUGGGCCUUCAUAUAGCUCUAUAAAAGUUAGCUGUUGGCUUGAUCAUGAUAAAUGUAAGCAGUUUACCUGGAGAACAGUCCAGAAAAGAGAGUUAUAGUUCUUACAAACUGGUGACAUGAAUCCAUUCAGCUGUGUGCCAUUUCCAGUGUGAAGACAUUGUUUGCUGGCUAAGAUCUCUGACUUUCUGUGGCAUAUGAGGUGUAAAAUGUUGUCAAAAAGAAUCUGGUGUUUAAAAGAAUCAAACUAUGGUGGCAUUAAAUGUUCACUUUUAUUCCA